CUGUUCACAUUUAAAAUUAUUGCGCAACCACUCGCUCGACUCGACUCACAUCUGAAGAAAGUUCAGUGUCAAUAAUAACAUCAGGUCCAAUAUAUCUACUCUUGUCAUGUCAUUGUCAAGUGGAGUGCAAAUGUUAGUACGUAGUAGAAUGGCCAAUCCACAACAAGCAGUGCAGUACACUAAACUGUUCAUAAAUAACGAAUUCGUGGACUCUGUUUCCGGAAAAACUUUCCCAACAAUCAACCCAUCCAAUGGUGAAGUUAUUGCACACAUAUCCGAGGGUGAUAAGCCAGAUGUCGAUAAGGCAGUAGUUGCUGCUAAAAAUGCAUUUAAGAGAGGUUCCCCAUGGCGAUCCAUGGAUGCGUCGGCUAGAGGAAAGCUAAUCAACAAACUAGCUGACCUCAUCGAACGUGACACCAACAUUCUAGCUAAUUUCGAAACUAUUGAUAAUGGCAAGCCAUUCACCGACGCUCUACUCGAUAUUGAAUACUCAACUGCCUGUCUUCGCUACUAUGCCGGCUACGCUGAUAAGAUCCAUGGUAAAACGAUUCCAGCUGAUUAUGGCUUUAUGUCAAUGACUAGACGCGAACCGAUCGGAGUCGUUGGACAGAUAAUCCCUUGGAAUUAUCCUCUGUUGAUGUUGGCUUGGAAAUGGGGCCCAGCUCUAACGACCGGAUGUACGUUGAUAUUGAAACCUGCCGAACAAACGCCAUUAUCAGCUUUACAUACGGCUGCUCUAUCCAAGGAAGCCGGUUUUCCCGAUGGUGUUAUUAAUGUGAUUCCUGGGUAUGGACCGACAGCCGGUCAUGCGAUCAGUUCCCAUCCGGAUAUUCGAAAGGUUGCAUUCACCGGAUCGCUAGAGGUUGGCCAGAUCAUUAUGGAAACAGCAGCAAAAACCAAUUUGAAAAAGGUGUCAUUGGAACUAGGAGGAAAAAGUCCACUGGUUAUAUUCGACGACGCUGAUUUGGACGAAGCUGCUGAAAUUGCUUACAAUGCCAUAUUUUCCAAUCAUGGUCAAAACUGUUGUGCAGGCAGUCGCACAUUCGUUCAAGAAAACAUUUAUGAUGAAUUCGUACGCCGUGCUACCGACAAGGCUAAGGCUCGUAAGGUUGGUGAUCCAUUCGAAAACGGUGUACAACAGGGACCUCAAGUUGACGAUGAAAUGUUCAACAAAGUCUUAGGCUACAUUGAAAGUGGCCAGCAGGAUGGAGCGAAACUAGAAACUGGCGGUAAAAGAGUUGGUACAAAAGGCUAUUUCAUAGAGCCUACAGUCUUCUCAAAUGUCGGCGACAACAUGAAAAUUGCUCGCGAAGAGAUAUUUGGACCGGUGCAAUCGAUUCUAAAGUUUAAGACUAUGAAUGAAGUCAUUGAACGAGCGAACAGCACGAAUUACGGACUAGCAUCAGGAGUUGUCACGAAAAAUAUCGAUAAUGCGUUGACAUUCGCACGGGCUGUAGAGGCCGGUUCGGUAUGGAUUAACUGUUACGAUGCAGUUGUGCCGCAAGCACCAUUUGGUGGAUAUAAACAAUCUGGACAUGGAAGGGAACUCGGCGAGGCUGGAUUGGAAGAGUAUUUGGAAACCAAAACGAUUACCAUCAAAUUGCCUACCAGUCAUUGAUUGUUGACCUGGAAUAACAUUAUGAUGAUGAUGCUGUCUUUCUCAAUCAUUUUUACUUUAAAAUAAAA